AACUGAUCAAAAUGGAGCCAGUCCUCCUGCUGCUGCGUACGAUUUCUUAUUCUCUUAAACUUUCACACUAUAUUACACUCUGUUUGAUACAUUUACAUUAUAUAUUCCAUUAUCCUCUGAUAUUGUAUGAUUUAUUAUUCUAUUACCCUCGAUCUUAUUAUUCUACUAUAGACUUUAGAUUGUUACAAUUGAUAGAGUUAUAAUCUAAAUAGAGAAAAUAUCAUCUAAUAUCAAAGUGUAAUAGAACCGAAAUAUAGACAAAAAUAAUCGAUUGUAUUUUUAUAUAUUUUCUCUCUUUAGAUUGUAGUUCUGUGCAAGUGUAAGAGGGUCUAACCAGAGAAAAAGACUCGAUUACACUUUGCUAUUCGAUUCUCUUUUCUCUGGUUAGAUUCUAUUCUACACUUUCUCAUUCACCGCAGCAGAUCUUGUGUUUUGCUGUUUUACAUUCCUGGCGGAUGCUGAGAUCUCUCCUAGCUCGUGUUUUCUGUCCCGUUCGAACGCGUCAAACGGAUCGAAACAGAGCGUCCGGCUGCUCCCGACCGUCCGGCGUUUUCCCGGAACUUCCAUUCCACCAACGUUCCAAAAUCUCGAUUUGUCGUCCCGCGUCGGGGCGAUUUGUCGGACUGUCCUGACGUCCCAAAGGAGCAGGGAUAGGAGGCCGAGUGGCAGGAUGGUGGCCGGAUCAGGAGCCCAUGGGGGGCCUCAGCGGAGGGGCAGCAAGAUCUCAGCUUGGAAGAUGAAUCGGGGAGUGGGGGGCGGUUUGCACCAUGUGCCCCCUCCCCACGGAGGGACCCCCUCUCUCCCACGCCCAGAGUGGGCAUCAUGGCUGGCGGGAAGCAGCAGCUGAAGAGAAGCGUUUCCAUCAUCCCCUGCUUUGUGUUUGUGGAGCUGGUGAUCAUGGCGGGCACGGUGCUGCUGGCGUAUCACUUCGAAUACACCGACACCUUCCCCGUCCACAUCCAGGGCUUCUUCUGCCACGACAGCGCCUACACCAAGCCCUACCCGGGGCCCGAGGACGCCAGCCGCGCCCCGCCUGUCCUGGUCUACUCCCUGGUCACCGCCGUGCCCACGGCCAUGAUCCUGAUCGGGGAACUGGCUGCGUUUUUCUGCCGGCCGCGGCGGCGUGAGGAGAAAACCAUCAUCUCUGGGGAGUGUUGCUACUUCAUCCCGCUGCUGAGACGCAUCGUCCGCUUCCUGGGCGUCUAUUCCUUCGGCCUGUUCACCACCACCAUCUUCGCGAACGCCGGGCAGGUCGUCACGGGCAACCAGACCCCCCACUUCCUCUCCGUGUGCCGCCCCAACUACACGGCGCUGGGGUGCCAGCUGCCCGGCCCCCAGUACAUCACGGACCGGGGGGCCUGCGCCGGGAACCCCGCCCUGGUCACCGCAGCCCGCAAAGCCUUCCCCUCCAAGGACGCCGCGCUCAGCGCCUACGCCGUGGUGUACACCGCCAUGUACGUGACGCUGGUGCUUGAGGUGCGGGGGUCCCGGCUGGCCAAGCCCACCCUGUGCCUGGCGCUGGCCGGCCCGGCGGCCCUGCUGGGGGUGCUGCGCGUGGCCGAGCACCGGAACCACUGGGCCGACGUGCUGGCCGGGUUCCUGACCGGGGCCGCCAUCGCCGCCUUCCUGGUCACCUGCGUGGUGAAUAACUUCCAGAGCAAGGCGCCCGCGGCCCAGAAGCCAGUGCCAGCCGAGAGCCUGGCCAGCGUCCCCGGCGUGGGGCUGCCCUGCGUCGAGAGCCCCCUGGAGAAGUUCAGCGUAGCCCAGCGGGUCAGGGACCCCCCAGAAGAGCAGGAUUUCUCCACGCUGCUCACCCGAGGCCUGGAGAGGCAGCUCGCUCGCUCCCUCCGCGCGGGGGGCCACGCUGGGGCGGCUCGGCCCUACGAGAUCCCAGAGCUCGGCUCCCAGCGAUCACCUGACCCUCAGCUGUGUCUCUUCCCCACCACCCCCGACGUGCUCAUCCCCUCCCGCUCCGUCACCAGCGAGGUCUGACGGAGGCACUGCCCCGGGGAGGGGGGGUUGGGCCCCCCCUCCACUCAGGACACCCCUCUGCCUAUUGCCCUCCCCCAACCAGCACCGUCCCUUUAACCAAUUCCUCCCUGGUUUGUUUGGGGUUCGUAAUGACACACUCGUAAGUGUGGCACCGGGGUGGGGGUAAAACCUCACCCUCCUUUUCUCCCGCCCCUCUCCCCCCGAGGGGCCCCAUCCUGCUGCCAGGGGCAUAAGUGGGAGGUUCAGUCCCUGCCCAUCCUGCAGCCGCUGAAGUGGGGGUGAUGGGAACAGAAAUAGGGGCCCCCACUGAGAGCCCCAAAGGGCCCCCCGGCUGGGGGCUGCCUCCCCUCUAUUCCGGCUGGGAUGGGGGGGUGGGGGUUGUAUGUCAGUCUGAUCUGGGGGGUGGGGGGCAGGAGCUGACAAGGGGGCAGUGCUG